AUGAGCACUAAAAAGAAAAAAUCAAGCAGUAAAUCUUUCAAGUCAGAAGACAGUUCAGCAGGUGAUCUUAAUAAUUUGAAAUUGCUAUCAAAUGGUCAGAACAGUAAUGCAGGGAAUAGCAGUAAUGAUGGGGACUAUGGUGGACCAAACAACAACAGCAGUGAAUACAAUGACAGUGGUAGUGGAGGGCGGGGAAACAAUGGGGACAGCCUCAAAAGCGCUUUCCUCUUCAAGUCCAACUACUUUCCAGAACCUGGAAACAACCCUGGAAAAAUGCAGAAUAGCUAUAAUGUACCACAAAAAUAUGCUGGUGAAUCAGAUUUAAGGAACAAUAAUGGAUCAUCUACUGCUAUGAUGAUGAAGAUGAUGAAAUCCAAUCACCCUCCCCCUCCUCCUUUGCCUCCUCCACAGAAUUUUCCACCCGAUCCCUACGGUUCUCCUUACUUACAGUCCCCUCAUCAAAGAUAUCCCUAUCCUACAAACGGUCCAACUAAUAUGUCUGGAUAUGAUUAUUACCAUCCGGCUUUCCAUCAAAGGGUUCCAAGUCAUCAUCAUGGCUACCUGCCUCCACCAUCACAUCCCUACCAACAGCACCCUUAUAACAUGUUUCAACCUCACCCCUACCUGCACCCUCAUCAUCAACAAUCACAACAACAGUCUUUCCAUCAUCAACAACAACAGCAACAACAACUUCAGCAGCAGCAGCAUCAUCAACAGCAACUUCAUCAGCAGCAACAACAACAACAACAACAGCAGCAACAACAUAGGCAGCUGCAAUCUCCCCAGAAGCAGAUAAAAUCACCUCAAUCUAAUCAACAUCAAUCUCAGCACUACAUACAUUCACCUCAACAAAACAGUCAACAACAUCAACAACAACAACAUGGUCAUCGUCACACGAGUCAACAACAAUCUUCAUCAUUAGAGUCCUCAGUCCAGCAACAUCAUUCAGCAUCGUCAGCAUCGUCCUCAUCUUCGUCUUCAACAGCAACAAUAGCAUCAUCAACACCGAUGUUAACUCAGUUGUUGCAGUACCCGACGACAACAACAACAACUCCAUCAUCGAUGAAAAUGUUUGACCCCCAACAUCUGCACAUGUCUGGGGAUGGUUAUUUCAAUUCAGUCAGGCAGUUUUUCAACAAAAAAUUAAAUCCUUGGUUGUCAUCUUCAUCAUCGGCCGUAACAACAACACCAUCAUCACCUUACCACCAAUCACUACCUUAUCCAUCAUCACCAUUUCCACCAACAUCUUAUCCAGCUCCAUCACAAUUUCCACCACCAUCAUCGUCGUCGUCAUCAUCAUCUCUGCCGCAGUUAUCACCUUCAUCAUCUUCAUCAUUAGCGUCUCCAUCGUCACAUCCCAUACCACCGACGUUAUCGUUGAGCUCAAACUCAAACUUUCAAUACAGAGGUUACAGGGAGCAAAUAUUUAAAAAUGAAAAUCAACUGCAGUCUGACUCUGCAAAGAGACAGCAACAACAUUCACAUCAACAACAUGAUAUCCAGCAACAGCAGCAGCAACAACAACUGCAAACUAACAUGAAACAACAUCAACAUGACUUUCAACAUUAUCAACAACAACAGCAUCAGCAACAACAGUCUAGCAUGAAACAGUAUCAACAUCCUGACAAUCAAUUUUAUCAGCAGCCCAACAUCAAACAACAAAAUCCUCAGCAGCAGCAGCUACUGAAUGUUCCACAGAACUCCAAACAACAACAACAUUACAAACCUAAAGAGGACUCUAAUAAUCUUGGGCAUGGAAAAUUUGAUUGCUUAACAACAAAACAACAGCUGAACACCAACCAACAAGCACCAAUUUAUCUGCAUAAUAGUCAUAUUAAUGAAAGCAAUGAUGGUAAUAACAUCAACAACAACAAUAAUAAUAAUAAUGCUAACAGUAAUAUUAAUUAUGACAGCAUCAACAACUGCCAAAGUAAGCUCUAUAGCACUAGAGACCCCUAUCAACAAAAACACCAUUAUCCAAAUUUCAAUUUCUACCCACAACAACAACAACAAAAACAGCAAUCAACAAUUAUGAAAAAUGACAACAACAGCAGUAGCAGUACUAGUAACAUUAACAUCAACAACAAUAAUAUUAACGUUAACAACAACAACAACAACUGUAAUGAUAAUAAUCUUAGUGGUAAUAAUGAUGACAUCAACGUUAACACUGACAUCAACGACAUCAAUGAUGGUGAUAAAAGUAAUAAUAAUAAUAAGAAUAAUAAUAAUAACAACAACGCAGUUGCUACCAAAGUUGCAGCAACAGACACACACACGUAUAUACGCAAAUACACUCCUACUUGA